AUGGUGGAUAUUAUUUUUCACUAUCCUUUUCUAGGUACUAUGGGGGAUCAUUCCAAGAAGAAGCCCGGGACGGCCAUGUGCGUGGGCUGCGGGAGUCAGAUCCACGAUCAGUUUAUCCUGCGGGUGUCGCCAGACCUCGAGUGGCACGCCGCCUGCCUCAAGUGCGCCGAGUGCAGCCAGUACCUGGACGAGACGUGCACGUGCUUCGUGAGAGACGGGAAGACCUACUGCAAGCGGGACUACGUCAGGCUCUUCGGCAUCAAGUGCGCCAAGUGCCAGGUGGGCUUCAGCAGCAGCGAUCUGGUGAUGCGGGCGCGGGACAGCGUGUACCACAUCGAAUGUUUCCGCUGCUCAGUGUGCAGCCGCCAGCUGCUGCCCGGAGACGAAUUCUCGCUGCGGGAGCACGAGCUGCUCUGCCGCGCCGACCACGGCCUCCUGCUCGAGCGCGCGGCGGCCGGCAGCCCGCGCAGCCCCGGCCCACUUCCCGGCGCCCGCGGCCUGCAUCUGCCAGACCCAGGAUCCGGCCGGCAGCCCUCGCUGCGCCCGCACGUGCACAAACAGACCGAGAAGACAACCCGCGUGCGAACCGUGCUGAACGAGAAGCAGCUCCACACUCUGCGGACGUGCUACGCCGCCAACCCGCGGCCCGACGCGCUCAUGAAGGAGCAGCUGGUGGAGAUGACCGGCCUGAGCCCGCGGGUCAUCCGCGUCUGGUUCCAGAACAAGCGGUGCAAGGACAAGAAGAAAUCCAUCCUCAUGAAGCAACUGCAGCAGCAGCAGCACAGCGACAAGACGAGUCUCCAGGGACUGACCGGGACGCCCCUGGUGGCAGGCAGCCCCAUCCGCCACGAGAGCGCCGUGCAGGGCAGUGCAGUCGAGGUGCAGACGUACCAGCCGCCGUGGAAAGCGCUCAGCGAGUUCGCGCUCCAGAGUGACCUGGAUCAACCCGCCUUCCAGCAGCUGGUCUCCUUCUCUGAGUCCGGCUCCCUAGGCAACUCCUCCGGCAGCGACGUGACCUCUCUGUCCUCGCAGCUCCCGGACACCCCCAACAGCAUGGUGCCGAGUCCCGUGGAGACGUGA